UGAGCGCGAGGACGCAGCACCAGAUCGCAGCCCACCGCCGCCCGCACACAGCGCACCGUCUCGACCCUCUCCGCACGCAGCAGCAGCCCCGGCCCGCGUCCGCGCCCGCGGCGUAUCACGUUGCAACCAGCACCCAAGCAUAGCGCACCCAGGCACCCAAGCCUGCAGCUCGCCCGCUGCCCUGCGUCGUACCCAGCCAAGCAGCCACCUUUCCUCCUGCGCGACCGUCGCGCGCCAACGACCGACGCUUUCCAUGAUAUAGCGCUGUCUUCCUGAGAGCCCAGCAUGGCCUCCGAAGCAGCAGCAUGGUUUCUCCACGGCCUCCUCAAGCGAGACGCGACCGAUGCAGACCCCGAUGAGACCCCCGAGGCAGGCCAGAAGGAGAUAUUUACAUCGUGGGGCCUGUCCAUCCUCAUCUCCCUGCUCAUUGUCGCCCUCUUCACAAGCUACAUCCUGCAGACCCGGAAGAUACAGGCCGUCCACGAAACCGUCCUGUCCAUCUUCGCCGGAAUGUUCGUGGGCCUGAUCCUGCGGCUAACAGCGGUGGCAUCGGUCCGGGAGACGGUGAGCUUCGACUACCAGAUGUUCUUCAAUCUUCUGCUGCCGCCAAUCAUAUUGUCCUCUGGAUAUGAGCUGCAUCAAGGCAACUUCUUCCGCCACAUUGGCACCAUCCUCACCUUCGCCUUCGCCGGCACCUUCAUAUCCGCCGUCGUGCUGGGAGUCAUCCUGUUUCUGUGGACGAGGAUACCGCUGGAUGGCUUCAAGAUCAACUUCGUUGAAGCCAUGUCGGUUGGCGCCACGCUCUCGGCCACAGAUCCUGUGACCAUCCUUGCCAUCUUCAAUACGUACAAGGUUGAGCCCAAACUAUACACCAUCAUCUUUGGCGAGUCCAUUCUGAACGAUGCCAUUGCCAUCGUCUUGUUCGAGACUGCCCAGAAGUACAAGGACGGGGCCGAGAAACUCGGCGUACUUAGCCUGUUUGAAGCCAUCGGAAUCUUCUUCGGCGUCUUCUUUGGGAGUUUGUUCAUCGGCGUCAUGGUCGGCAUCGGCGCAUCUUUGACCCUCAAAUUCACAUACAUCAGACGCUUUCCCAAGACGGAGAGCUGUCUUAUCAUUCUCAUUGCUUACUUGACAUACUUUUUCUCCAAUGCCAUUCACAUGUCUGGCAUUGUGAGUCUCUUGUUCUGCGGCAUCUGCAUGAAGCACUACGCCUACCACAACAUGUCGCGCCGCACGCAAUUGACGACAAAGUUCGUCUUCCAGACCACGGCGCAACUUUCCGAGAAUUUCAUCUUCAUCUACCUAGGAAUCUCGCUGUUCAGCUACGACGACUACAAACCUCUAUUCAUCCUCAUCACCGUCAUCGGAAUCUGUGCCGCCCGAUGGGCCGCCGUCUUCCCGCUCGCAAAAGUGAUCAACUCGGUGAGCAGAUACAGAAGCCGACGCCACGGCGCACCCGACCAGGGGGAAGAACUUCCUUACUCGCAUCAAGUCAUGAUGUACUGGGCGGGUCUCCGAGGCGCUGUCGGCGUUGCCCUCGCUGCCGGUCUCUCAGGUCCCAACGCAGACACCCUCCGCGCAACCGUCCUUAUCGUCGUCGUGCUCACGGUCAUCAUCUUCGGCGGCACCACGGCACGCAUGCUUGAGAUCCUCGGCAUCCGCACGGGCGUCGUCGAGGAAAUCGACUCCGACGACGAAUUUGACAUCGAAGCCAUAAACGGCGGAACCUACUCCCGCAAUAAGGGCCUUGGCUUCGGGCACACGCCACGCCCCUCGCAGAACGGCUUCGCGCUCUCCAGCGUCGACGGCCGCGAAGGAGCGUACAGCAGUAGCAGCGGGCACACGCCUCCUACCCGGCCCACGCUGUCGAGCAGAAGAGGCAGCAGCAAGCCCCGUCGCAAAGACGGCGCAGACCAAAGCCUGCUCAGCCCCGUCGACAGCGGCUCCCUCUCCUCAGACGACGACAACGAUCUCGACCUCCCCCCGAGCGCGAGGAGGUCACCGAAUCGCGUGGCCUCCCCCAUGGCACCAGAGGCGCCGUACCCGACGUCGGGCAGCACACGACCGGGCACGAGCGGUGGCGCGGAAGGCUCGAGCAGGGUGGCCACGGCGACGGGCGCGGUGAAGCAGCUCAUCAGCGACAUCAGUCAGGAUCCGGCGAAUGCGUUCAAGCAGAUUGACGACGGGUUCUUGAAGCCGCAUCUGCUUCUCGAUCCGAAGAGCAGUGGUGGUGGACCGGGAAACAGCGCUUAGGUUGCGUUGGUUUAAGUUGCGUUGCGUUUACAUGGGUUCCGAAGGAUAGGAACCAGGCGUGUAUGAUUCGUAGGCAUGAGUGGCGUUUGGGGAGUUUUGACGGACUGGACUGGACUGUCUGGGAUGGAUCGGACAACCACAUGGCAUCUUUGUUUGUAGCCGGGGGAAGAAAAUACCUGGCUUUGGGUGCGUGUCGCCACACGCGGACGAACAGAGCUCUGUUGCAUGCAUGCAGUGCUACACCACCGUGGGCGUUUUCCAACCCCCAACAUGUACGAAAGUGUGUUGUCUCG